AUGGGCUCGCGAUACCCCUGUCCCUUUGGUCGCGAGUCUGCGGUCCCAAAAAGCGGUGGUCGCAUAGCUUCACUGCGAGCAUCGGCAAGGAGCAGCGAAGAGACCACCGGCAGACUCCUGACCAGAGUUCGAUUUGCAGAAUCCGCGUCCGAAGUACAUCCAUACUCUACGGCCACUCCGCCUCGAAAGACGGUACAGCUUGCCGACAACAACGACAACGACCUACCCAGCCAGCCUGUACGACGUGCUUGA